AUGGACGGAACCAACGAUAGCACUCAAGGAAAUUUCAUCCUUUUAGGAUUUUCUGACCACCCCCAUCUGGAGAGGAUCCUCUUUGUGGUCAUCUUGACUGCAUAUCUCCUGACCAUUGUGGGAAAUACCACCAUCAUCCUGGUCUCCCGGCUGGACCACCAGCUCCAGAGCCCUAUGUACUUCUUCCUCACCCACCUCUCCUUCCUGGACCUCAGCUUCACCAGCAGUUCAAUCCCUCAGCUGCUCUAUAACCUGAGUGGACAUGACAAAACCAUCAGCUACACAGGCUGUGCCAUCCAGCUCUUUCUGUUUCUGGGUCUGGGUGGCGUGGAGUGCCUGCUCCUGGCUGUCAUGGCCUAUGACCGGUUUGUUGCAGUCUGCAACCCCCUGCACUACCUGGUGAUCAUGAAUCCUCGCCUUUGCAUGGGAUUAGUGUUGGUGGCCUGGGGUGGUGGGGUGGCCAACUCCCUGGCUAUGUCCCCAGUUACCCUGAAUUUACCACGCUGCGGGCGCCACAGUGUGGACCACUUCUUAUGUGAGAUGCCUGCCUUGAUCCGGAUGGCCUGUGUCAAUACAACUGCCAUCGAGGGCACUGUCUUUGUCCUGGCAGUGGGUAUUGUGCUGUCACCCCUGGUGUUUAUCCUGGUCUCCUAUGGCUACAUCAUAAGGGCUGUGUUACAUAUUCAGUCAGCAUCAGGGAGGCAAAAGGCCUUCAACACCUGUGGCUCUCAUCUCACAGUGGUCUCUCUGUUCUAUGGGAACAUCAUCUACAUGUACAUGCAGCCGGGAAACAACUCUUCUCAGAACCAGGGAAAAUUCCUCACCCUCCUCUACAAUAUUGUCACGCCACUUUUGAACCCCCUGAUCUACACCCUCAGAAACAGAGAGGUGAAGGGGGCACUAAGGAGGCUGCUGCUAGGUGACAGAGAAGUACAAAAGAAGUAA